AUGGGGCUUGUGCAGCAAGCCAACGCGGAGCUGGACGUAGACGAGCCGGUUGCCGCGCAUCCGACGCUCAACAACGUCGAUUUCGGCCUGCAGAUCGGCGUCGAGGAGAUCCUUGGCGACGUCGACCCCGACGUCUCCCUCGAGUUCCUGAAGAAGGCCGAUGCUCACGCGGGCAAGCCGCCGCCGACGCGUGUGCCGAGGGAAUCUCUCGUGAGCACGCACAACAGCUAUGUCGAGCAGCAGCAACAGUCCGAGCAGCAGAACGCGCCGCGCAUGGUGAAGAAGGUCGUCUUGGCGCUCUCGUACCCGCCGUCAGUAAAGCCGGUAUCCGAUUUGUCCCCAAUGCGGCUGGAUGAGCUACUCGUCGAGAACCACCACGAGGACAGGUACCUUGUUCUCAAGACAAUCGCGCCGCCGUACAUGGGGGCGGGGACAAUCACGAUUGUGGAAGACGAGCACGGCAACACGGACAAGUUGGUGCUGUACAACCAGGGGAGCUCGACUAUCCUGCAGGCCGUCCCCGAAGGGUCGGUGAUUCUUCUCAAGGAGCCGUACUACAAGUUCAGCGGCGAUGACGACUUCAUGCUCUGCGUCGACCAUCCCUCGGACGCCAUCCUUCUACGCCACGGCCCCGAUGACUCGCUCAUCCCGGACGGCUUCAAACAGACUUCGCAGUCUGAAGUUGCAGCAGAGUGGAAGAAUGCAGGAGAUCGCGCCUUCAUCUCCAAGAACUUGCCACUGGCUGCGGCAAAUUAUUCGAGAGCCCUGGACCUGUCCUCAGAGGAUGACACGGCCUUUAGAGUUGAUGUCCUUCUGAAGCGAGCCAGCAUAAACAUCACUGUCAAGCGCUUCGACGACGCACUCUCAGACUCGCUCGCCUCAAGAAGAGGCGGGCCGACUGACUGGAAGGCCUACUUCGUCGCGGGCAAGGCCGCCUACGAGCUCACCGAGUUUCAGGCCAGCAAGCAGUACUUUGAGGCGGCGUUGGAGCAGAAGCCCGAGGCAGUGAACAUCCAGAAGGAAUACGAGCGCUGCCUGGCGCGACUCGAAGAAGAGAGAGGUCACUACGACCUGGCCGCGAUGACGGUAAACGUGACGCCCAAGAACAUCUCCAUUGACAGGGCGAGCUUCCUCUCGAGAACCGAAGUCCGGGACUCGCCGCACCACGGCCGCGGCCUCUUCGCCACGCAAGACAUCAAGGCGGGCGAGAUGAUCUUUGCCGAGAAGGCCACCAGCGUGCCCAACGAGUUCAACCCGGAACACAACUCGGCCGCCGCCUACGCCCAGCUGGUGGAGCUCUGCGCGGACAACCCGACGAUCCACAGAAAGGUGCUCGACCUGUACGGCGGCUCGUACAAGCGGUCCGGCCACGAGGGCAUCAUCGUCGACGGCAGGCCCGUCGUCGACGUCUUCCUCCUCGAGUCCAUCCGGCGCAAGAACUGCUUCAGCGGCGCCCAGGUGUCGGCGCAGGCGGCGAACCCGGACUGGGACAUGUGGAAGCAGGGCAUGUCGCGCGGGCUGUGGGUGCACUCGGCCUACGCCAACCACGCGUGUCUGCCCAACGCGAACCGGUCCUUCAUCGGGGACAUGCUCAUCGUCACGGCCACGGUGGACAUUCCCGCCGGCGCCGAGAUCACGCACAUCUACCUCCCGCCCAAGGCGGCCUACCUCCUCCGCAUGCCGCAGUUCCGGUCCAGCUGGGGCUUCGUGUGCAGCUGCGCCCUCUGCGCGGGCGAGGCCAAGUCCCCGGCCGAGCAGCACAAGAGGCGCGUCGCGGCGCUGGCCGAGAUCGAGGCCGUCAUCCGGAAGAAGCGGCCGACGCGGUUCCAGCCGGACGCGACGAUCCGGCAGAUCGAGCGGCUCACGAGCCGGUUCUCGGCGCUGCACGAGGCCGAGGUCUACGAUGACCUCGGGCUGCCGCGGCUGAUGCUCGUGUGGCCGACCAUGUGGCUCGUCGAGGCGUGCCACACGCGCAAGCAGUGGGCUAAAGUGGUGCGGUGGGCGGGCGAGGUGUUCCGCAACUUUGGCUUCGUCGAGCCCGUCCGCGGCGGGAGGCUGUGGAUGUACCGGGACACGCAGGCGGUGACGACGUUCGAGGUCAUCAAGGCGCUCAAGUUGGCGGCCGAGGCGCACGCGGCGCUCGGGAGCGGCGUGCUGGCGCGGGACUGUCUGGACGCCGCGCGAGUCGGGCUGACGACCAUGGUUGGGUAUGUGACGGACGAGACGUUUGAGGCGUUCCGGUGA